UCAAGUAAACAUGGCUGAUGAAAGCUUAAUUGAAGGCGAAGAUGAAAACAUUUUAUAUGAUUUACUCGUUAUUACUGAAUGGCCGCCAGAGACGGACACCCAGCUGCGAGGCAACAAGGAGCACAGCACGUCUGUGAUUGCAAAAGCUGUGACAGGGCCGUUCCGCUUAAUCCUUCACUAUUUGUGGUACAGCCCCUCCAGCUCGUCCCUGCCUCUCGGCCUCGUCCGCCUGGCCAACAAACAGAUCAACUGGCAGCUGGUGCUCGCCAGUAACGGCAAACUGUUGGCAGUGGUUCAGGACCAGUGCGUGGAAAUUAGGUCCGUGAGAGAUGACUUUGGCUCAGUCAUUGGCAAGUGCCAAGUGCCAAAGGACCCCAACCCGCAGUGGCGAAGGGUGGCGUGGAGCUACGACUGCACCCUGCUGGCCUACGCAGACAGCACCGGCACCGUGCGCCUCUUCGACCUCGUGGGCAGUGAACUGUUUGUCAUCCCGCCGGCGGUGAGUUUUCCAGGGGAUUUCAGCUGUGCGGUGGCAGGCCUCAUCUUCCUGGAGUACACGGCCAGUGCUCAGUGGUCAGCCGAGCUCCUCGUUAUCACAUAUGGUGGCGGGCUCAAGAGCUAUCUGGUCAGCGUCGGGACCAAUCAGAACUUCCAGGAGAACCACUCCUUCAGCUUCUCUUCCCACUACUCCCACGGCGUCACCUCGGCGAUUUACCACCCCGGACACAGGUUGCUGCUGGUGGGGGGCUGCGAGUCGGGGGACGACACCACAUCCAAGGCCUCCUGCUGCGGCAUCACAGCCUGGAGGGCUCUCUCUGGCUCGCCGCACUACAAGCAGGUCACCAGCUACGAGGACGACGUCCGCACGAAUCAGAAGAGGGGUUUCUUCAGGAUCCCCAGCUUUAGACUCUUUUCCAGACAAGGGGAUGAAACGGACGGCGUGUUCCGCAUGAGCCUGAGCCCCGAUGGCACCCUCCUGGCUGUCAUCCACUUCUCCGGCCGUCUCUCUCUCUGGGACGUCCCCUCUCUCAAGCAGAGGGCCGCGUGGAGCCAGGACCAACAGCCAGGAUUUGAGGAGAUCAACCCAGAGUGGAAGACGUCGCUGGAGAGAAGGAAGAAAAUAAAAGACAAGGAGCAGUACUACCCGCUGGUGGAUGUGAGCUGGUGGAGCGACUUGGUCCUGAUUCUGGCCCGCUGCUCCGGCUCCGUCACCGUUUCAUCCGUCAGGACGUUGCGCAACCUUCUGGGGAAAUCCUGCGAGUGGUUCGAGCCCUCCCCCCGACUCACGGCCGCGCAUGACGGGGGCUUCCUCAGCCUGGAGUGCGAGGUCAAGCAGGCCCAGAAGCGAGGGCGCCUCGAGAGCAACCUCAGUGGCGCUUCCGGCGACGACGAGGACGGAGAUGACGGCGGCGACUCGGACUCGGACGACGAGUCCUCCGCCAAAGCCCGCUACUUUGGCUACAUCAAGCAGGGCCUGUAUUACGUGACGGAGAUGGAGCGGUUCGCCCCGCCGCGCAAGCGCCCUCGCACCGUCAUCAAGAACUACCGCCUGGUCAGCUUGAGGUCAACCACACCAGAAGAACUCUACCAGAGGAAGAUUGACAACGAGGAAUACGGCGAAGCCUUGUCUCUCGCCCAAGCGUACAAUCUGGACUCCGACCUGGUCUACCAGAGACAGUGGAGGAAGAGCACCGUCAGCAUCGCCUCGAUCCAAGAUUACCUGAGCAAGAUCCGCAAGCGCUUAUGGGUGCUGCACGAGUGCGUGGAGCGCGUGCCCGAGAACGUGGACGCGGCCAAAGAGCUGCUGAUGUACGGCCUGAAGGGAACCGACCUGGAGGCCCUGAUCGCCAUAGGGAACGGGGAGGACGAGGGCAGGUUCAUCAUGCCCGGCGAUGUCGACCUCGACGACCUUCCUUAUGAGGACAUCCUGUCACACGACGAGGAGCUGGAGAUGAAGAAGGAGAGGGAGAGCAGGAAGAGGCGGGAGCUGCUCGCCAAGAUCGACUUCGGCAGGCUGACGCUGGAGCAGAAGGAACUGUGCCGAAGCCGACUGAAGCUGCUCUCCUACCUGGACCGGCUGGCGACGUAUGAGGAGAUCCUCGGCGGCCCCCACGCGGCCGAGCAUAAAUACGAUGCGGAGUUCUUCAAGAAGUUCCGAAGUCAAAAUAUUGUUUUGUCAGCGAGAAACUACGCCAGGGAGAGCAACGUGCAAGCUCUUGACAUCCUGUUCACGUACCACGGGGCAGAACUCCUCCAGCACCGGCUCGCGAUCCUUUACAACUUCCCUGAAACCACCUCUCCACAUGAGUACACCAUAUUGCUGCCAGAGGCCUGCCUCGACGACGGAGGCGAACUGGUGUUGAUUCCGUGGGACGAGCAGAGACACCGAGAGAUGGACUGGUGCGAGGCAGACGAGUGCAGAGCGGUGCUGGACCAGAUCUUUUAUGACGACGACAGUUUCCUGUACGAGGAGGAUCCGGAGCUGCUGAGGUUCCGGACGGACACGCCGUCCAUUGAGCUCCUCACGGACUGGUACCAGAGCAGAGCUCAAGACAUCGACUCCUGCUCCAGACAGGUGGACUGCGCCCUGUCGCUGGUGCGUCUGGGCAAGGAGCGCGAGAUCCCCGGACUGGGGCACCUGUGCGAUGACUUGGUCACCAUGGAAACGCUGGUCUACGAGUCCACGUGCGAACUGAGUCUGACGCUUAAGGAUUUGCAGCAGCUCCGCAACAUUGACAAACUCCGCCUGCUGAUGAAAAACUCCAGCUCUGAACGCUACGUGAAAGACGCCUUCCAGUGGAUGGUGCCGUUCCUGCACCGCUGCGAGGGCCAGGAAGUGGGUGCCGCCAAAUCUCUCCUCAGAGAUUACCUGGUCACCGUGGCCAAGCAGGACCUCAGCCUGCCGCUCAUCAUUUUCCAGCACUCCAAGCCUGACUGCCAGCAGAAGAUCAUCGGGGACCCAGACCAGCUGAUGGCGGUCGCUCUGGAGUGCAUCUACGGCUGUGAGAGAGACGACCAGCUCAGCCUCUGCUAUGACAUCCUGGAGUGUUUGCCGCAGAGGGGCUACGGACCAGAGACGGAUGUAACUGCGUCUCUCCAUGAUCAGGUGGACAAACUUGAGAAGCACCUCAGCGUGGUGGAGGUCCUGGAGAAACACAGCCUGCAGAAACCCAUCUCAUAUGUGAGGAGCAGCCAGAACAGCGAGGAGGAGGCCCACCAGCUGAUGGUCAAACUGUGCCGCUACACCGGCCGCAAAAACCCCCCAGUGAGUGAGACGGUGUGGAGAGGUCUGCUGCAGGACCUGCUGGACAUGCAGCAGAACGUUUACACUUGUCUGAAACCGGAGACGUGUCAUCAGGUCUUUGUCGAGUCCCUGCUGUGCUCCAGCCGUGUGGAGAACGUACGCCUGGCAGGGCAGCUCAUGCAUUGCUCCAAGGUCAGUCAGGACGUGCCUGUCAGCCUCUCUUUCCGGGGUAAAGGUUAUGCUGUUAAGGUGGCCUACGAGAGCAGCGUGGAAUUAGUGUUGGCCGCUGCCAGAGAGUACUUCAACUCCUCCGCGGCGCUAACUGACCCCUGCAUGGGCCUGGCCAGGACGUGCCUCCAGCUCAUCACGGACUGUCCUCCGGCCGUCCAGGAGGAGCUGGACCUCAUCAGCGCCCUCAGCCAGCUGGAAGACUUCAGCGUCAACAUCCUGCCUCUGCAAGUGCGACUGCGGUCGAACCGCCUGUCCCUCGUAGAGGAGUGCAUCGCCCACUGCUCCACGGCCUACAAGCAGUCCACCACUCUCCUCAACCUUGCCUCGCUGCUCCGAGUGUCGGGAGAUGAUGAGGCUACGCGGAAAGGCCAAGUGCUGGCCCUGCUGGCGGAGCAGGCUCUGCAGUGUUUGGACUUCAAGGCCUCUUACAUCCACUGUCAGGACCUCAUGGCUGCAGGUUACAGUCCAGCGUGGGACGUGUGCAGUCUGCUCGGUCAGUGCGAGGGUUACGGAGAUCUUGAGGCCCGGCAGGAGCUGUUAGCCUUUUCCCUCACGCACUGUCCCCCUGACAACAUCCACGGCCUCCUGGCUGCCUCCAGCGACCUGCAAACUCAGGUGUUGUACCAGGCUGUUAACUAUCAAAUGGAACCUGUUGUCCCAGAGACCGGACAGGACAUCGACGAGACGGACUCUCCAAAGGCCUCCACGUCCACUGUGGGCUCCCCUGUAGGAACAGCGGGGGACCUGUUGCACAGGACCACAGCCAAGACCAUGAAAGUGCUGACCACCACGGGGCUGACCACCAAGGCUGUGCUGACGGCAGUCAGCGACCACCGCUGGUGGAAGGAAUCGCUCAAUUACCUCCGACCGCUGCAGGGUCACGGCGCAGGAGCCGCCGGCCAGGAAGGGGCAUGUGAGAACUCCAACCUGGAGCGUCAAGGCUGUGGCCCUUUUUAUCAGGAGCUCAUCGAGGAUCCCUACGUGGACGCGAGCCAGGAUGUGUAUUCGUUCUACAAAGAAGUGCCUCAGGAAAACUUCGCCGAGGUUUUGCUGAAGACUGGGAAACUGGCCGAGGCCAAGACUGAAGGAAAGACCUUGUUUCCUGCCACAGAAGUUUUGCUGCAGCUGGCCAAUGAUGCAUUUCCCCGGGACAUGAUGCUGGCUCUGUCCUACUUACUGGCCCUGCCCCAGGUCUUGGAUGCCAACAAGUGCUUUGAGAAGCAGUGUCACUCUGCCUUGUCACUCCAGCUUGCUGCCUAUUACUACUCCCUGCAGAUAUACUCUCGCCUCUUGCCGUGCUUCAAGGACAAGAACCACACUCUCUACCAGGCUGACCCAAAGGAGCUGAUCCGCAUGGUCACGCAGCACGUGUCCUCAUACUCUGAUUGGCCGGAGGAGGUGCAGAAACUGAUCCACCAGCUGCAGAUGUACAACGAGCGCCUGACAGACUUCACCCAGGCCCAGGUGUUGCAAGGGCUGGGCCGCGGCGUGGACGUCCAACGCUUCAGCUCAGACUCUGAGUACAAGAAGGAGACCAUCCUUGGCCUCACUGAGACUCUGGAGGUUGGCGUGUACAGAAUUGCUCUGUCUCUGGCUAAGCGCUACAGUGUUCCUCUGUGGGAGGUCUACAUGACUCACCUCGAGUUCCUCUUUACGGAUAGCGGCCUUUCCACCAAGGACAUUGAAUCCCGGAGCGAGUCCCUCGGCCUGUUUGAGACUUUGAAGAGUGACCCUCAGAACUUUUACAACCACAUGACCAAGUACGUUCUCCCCACCGUGGAAGGAACCGACCUGGGCCGCCUGCUCUACUAUUACACCUUGCUGGACGCGGCGGGCUGCGAGCCUUACGUCGCCGCCGCCAUCAAGCCGGGCUCCCACGUCAAACUGCUCAAGAAGCUUCGAGCCGUUGCCAACGGUCUGAACUACCGAAAGCUGACUGACGAGUCCUUGGAUCCGCUGGCCGCCCUGCAGCCAGUCCUGACCAGCCAGAACGUGCUGUCCAUCUCCAAACUUGCCAACCGGCUGCCUUUGCCUGGUGGCGGAGGGGCAACCGUCUCCCCCAGUGCGGUCCACGCAGUCUGGCUGCAGAAGCUGUUCUGGAAAGGAGACCCGCAGCUGCUGAAGAGACCCCCACAGGGCGACCAGGACUACCUGCACGCCUACGACACCUGCGCUAAAUACCUGGACAGGCUGGUCCCUGCCGACGCCGUCCACUUCCUGGAUAGUAUCACCUUCUCCCCCGAUGCAGCCAAAAAUCUGAGCAUCCAGGCGAGGCUGGAGGUGAUAAAGCGAGCCACCAAAGCCCUGCGCCAGCUGGGUGAGAAGAGCAGGAAGAGAGGAGGCGAUGCUGCUGCCGAGCAGGAAGGGACGGACCCAGCAGGGAUGACUUCUGAUGAGGCUCUAGCACACCUGCAGCAGUCGCAAGCGCACCUGGACACUCUGAGUCAUGCGUUCGUUCUGUCUCUCAGAGACAGCCAGCAGGAGCAGCUGCAGGGCUACAGUCAACUUUACGACUUGUCCCGGUCCGAGAGGUCGAAAAUUUGCGAGUUGGCGAUCACCAUGGCAACCGACGGACAGCCACUGGAGCUAAUCGGAGAGCUGCUGCGCGUCGCAGUCGGACCUCUAGACCUGUCUGUCAAAACUGUGCUUCACGAUGCGGUGGGGAGAGUAGUGGCCGCGCUCAGUGGGGACCCGGUCGGCCUGACAAAUUACCCACAACCCCUCAGGGUCCUGGAGGCCAUGGUGACCGCUGUGCACAACAAUGUGCAGAGUGGCGACAGCGCGGUCACUUCAGACGACCUCCUGGCCUGGCUGCGUCCAUUCUGCAGCGACGCGUCCCUGCCCGUGCCACCUCGCAUCGACGUGCUGCGGAUCCUGGAGAGCAACUUCAGCCUCGGGGACAGUGACGUCCGUCUGCUGCUGCUCUACAGGACCAAGGCUGUUCUCAAAGGCCGAGAGGUCCAGAUAGAGGAUGUGGAGAAUGAGGACAAGCGCUACGCCCUUUUCCAGGAGCUGCUGGAAGCGGCUCAGAAGUGGGAGGACUUUCAGAUGCUCAUGCUUCUCCUGCAGGCAUGGCCGCCCAUGAUGAAGGACGAAGUGGCAGAGUCAGAGCGUAACCCCUGGGUGGUGCUAACCUCGGCCCUGCUGACCUGCUGCCAGGGGUCGGAGGUCAAAUUAGACCUGGGUCAGCAGGUUGUCACCAUGGUGAGGUCUCUCUAUAACACGAAACACAAGCUCCCAGUCCAGUGCGUCAGACAAAUCGCCACCCUGCUGCUCCAAAGCCGGCCGAGCCUCCAGCAGCCCGCGCUCAAGUUGAUGUCUGAAAGCGGUGAUGAGCAACUGCUGCAGCUGACUCUGGAGCAAAUCAACAGCAUGAGUGCGGAGACAGCUUCCUCCUGCGACGCCGAGCUUCUCUCGUUGCUCCUAGACGCCGGGCUCCUGGUGGGCUGCGUCUCCUCAGCCCUGUACCCCCUGCUCAGCUCCCACAUGCUGUCCCACCAGCAGGAGCGGGGCUGGGAUGUGGAGAAAGCCGCCGCUGAGCUGAUGGCGGCGGGCCACGGGGCCGAGGCGGGCUCCCUGCUGAUGGCUCAUCGCGGAACUCACCAGGCCCAGUUCACCUUCAACUCCGCCAUGGCCGUUCUCAGGAAAUGGCUGUGAGGCGAGCGGGAGGAGGAACGUGAUGUGAGGGAAAAAAAGAGCGCGGCGGGGAGGCGGCCUUAGGGAAGGAGAGUGGCAAAGGUGUUGAGAAAGGACUGGAGUUAGAUUGGAUUGAGAUCAGAGGGAGCUGGCGUGAGGUAAGAAUAGAAUAGCAGGCGAUGCCUCCGCACUUAGUUCUGUAAUUGAGUUUGAGGUUCAUCAACGGAAGGCGCGUCAACAAGCAGUGUCUGCCUCCAAGGUGUAAAAUCUGCUCAAUUAGAAACGCGCACGCAUUAAUACACAAACACAGCCUCCGCCAUCACUCAGUCAUGAAUGAAUGUUCAGACUGAGGGGCUAAUCAGAAAACGCACUGGCUGCUUGCAUUUAUUUGUGUGUGUGCCGUGUCCUAUUGUGUGAUAAAGUAAUUGAGCAGUAGCCGGGAAGCGGUGGGUGGAUAUUAGCCUAUUGUUCCGUGACAGGUUUGCCUCUUUAACGUCCCAUCGUUAAACACCCUGCCUCUGCUCCUUUGUUUUCCCCCUAAUAAUGUCUAAUUAAUUCCAUCUAAACAAAUUAGCCCCA